UCCACCGCCGAUUGUACAUCUCUCUAAAUUUCCUGCAUUUCCAAAUCCUUAACCUUUCUACGACGACAAUCUUUUUUCCGUCUCUUCUGCUACCUUCGAUUUCACUGCUUCAUUUCAUUUGAUCGCCGAUCCAAAAUCACAUCACUACCCUGCGCACAAACUCACAGCACAGCCAAAAGGUUUCUCUGCUGCUGCGUCCUCCUUCCAACUGCGGUGCUCGCUAGUGUCCCCGCAAUUCAUCCUCACGCCGAGAAUUUAAGCAGCCGUAGCUUCCAAAGGUAAGCCACGUCUCAAUCUCUAUCUAUCUGUCGUUGAAUUGGUGUUUUGCACCGCGAAGAAUUUGUUCCGUUUUCAAGGCACUUAAUUUCGCUGGAUGCUAAACCUAUUGCCAGUGUCGUCUGCGUUCUGGGUGUGCGGGGAAAUGUUGUUUUUUCUUUUGUUCCGGUGUUUGCACGGUCUGUUUAUGGGUGCUCCCAACUCCCGAUUUUGGGAGCUUAGACUUGCGGCUUUUGAUGACAUCUUGAGUUUCGUGCGAGUUUUUACUUGCUGGUGAAUUGGUGUUGUGGGAAUUGAGUUCGAUGGGUGUGUGUCUACAGCUUAAAAACUUAAUCUAUGUUUAUGUUUGCAAUUCUAACUUGGAAGGUGAGAUCAUUGGUUGUGGGGUUCCCCAGAACUUCAAAUGGCUUUCGACCUAUUAUUGGCAUGCUCAAUGGUUGGAGUGGGACAAAUUAUUUUGUUCUUAACUAUUGAGCCGAAGACUCUGUGUUCCAAAAGCUUAGUCUCAACCAUUUUAAACUGGUUCCUUUGAAGUGGUGAACUUAUCAUCUCAACUGCAUGAGGUGUUGUAUAUGGAAUUGGCUUGAGUCAUUGUUGUUAGCCACUGGAGGGAUUUAAGCAGUUGGAUAAAGAUUGAUACUGGUUGUUGGGCUUCAGGUUUGCUCAUAUGUCAAGAGAUGUGAACUUGAUUGUGCUAACAUAGUUAGGCAGACAAUUGGAGUCUUGAUUGCGAAAUGCUGGCAAAAGGGAGAGAUUCAUCAGAGUAACGGAAUCAAUUAUAUAUGCAUGUAAACAUCUGACAGCAUAGAACUCUAUCAGUUGAGGACAGCAUGACAAUAUGAAAUAAGUUAUGCAAUUUAGAACUUUCAUUAUGCUAUUAGUCUUUUAUCCUGCUGAUGCUUCCUAGUUGUCCCAAUAUGAAGUAAGUUAGGCAAUUUAGAACUUUCAUUUUGCUAUUAUUCUUUUAUCCUGCUGAUGCUUCCUCACUUAGAACUCCUUUUCCUCUUCCUUUGGUUUAGAUGGUAGUAGAGGACUUGCUGAGAAAAAUGCUCUGCACAGUGCAGGUGCUCGUUCUGUUUUUCCGUGCUUUCCAUUUCACUUUUGGCUUCUUCCAGUUCUGUGGUCCAUGAUUUUGGGAUGUCGGUUCUGUCAAGCUUGUGGGACUUAUCAUUUUAAGAUACAAGAAAAUGGAAUCUCUGCAAUUAUAUGGUUGCUGUUGCCGAGAAAGAAUUUCUUAUAGCUGACACUGGAAAGAUAUGAUUGUCACAUACUGCUCUUUUUCUCCUUCCGGGGCCCUUUUUUUUUCAAUUGAACCUACUUUCAGCAAUAACAACAUAUUUUUUUUUCUCUUGCUGCUAUUGCCAUCUGGGGUGACUCUUAUCUAGUAAUCUUUUUAGGCUUCAAGUUGUUGGCUAAUUUUGCACCCAGAGAAAGGAACUGCUGGUUCUGUUCUUGUUACAAUUGAAUUGAAUUUUUCGCCAGUACAUGGAUUUAUUCAAAUGUCACAAAAAAAGUACAUAUUAUAUUUUACAAUUAGGUUACCUAUGGUGAAAUUUCACUCUAUCUUAGCACAAGCGACGAAUUCAUCGUGGUUUCAAGAGACUGGGAGUAGCAACUUGUCAAGCUUAGCAAUGUGGUUUUUUUUCAUUCUUUCUGUAUACGUCCCUUUUGUGGUUUGCCUCUGUUUUGAACUCAAUUAAAAGAUUGAGAGAUUAUGACAGGUAAAAGUGCUAUCAUUUGCCGAAGUGAGUGCCUAUUAACAUUUCAUUAACCAUUUACCGUUUGAAUCGAUUUUGCUAAUCCAUAUGUAGCACCCAGCUCCUUCAUUCUGAGUGAUGUUUUUGGUUGAACUGAAUUCAGGCCAGUACAAUUGAAGAUAUCAUGUUAUUGCAAACUUACUCCCCAACCCCCCCCCCCCCCCCCCCCCCCCCCCCCCCCCCCUUGUAACUGCUACAUGUACCACCAUGGAAAUUUAAAUGACUGGUUUCUGUGGUGUUUUAAAAUCUUAGGAGCGAUAGGCUAUAUUCUAAAAACUCGGUAUAAUAUGGUAUGUCCCACACAAUCAGCUUAUAGAUGCAAAUGGCCAAAUUUUGAAAUUUACAAGGACAUACAAUGUAAAUGAUGCAUACUAGAUAGAGUGCCAUAGGAUUCAGGAAGCCCGUCUGUUAUGUUUUUAAACUCCCUUUUGGAGUUUUAUGAGUUUCAGUGAUAUUUGUUCAUGUUAUGGACUACUGAUCUCGGAAUUCUGAAAGCUUUACUUGUCCAUUACUGACCAUGUUUAUACCCUUCUUAUCUCAGAUAUUUUGUCAACAUAUUCAUCCAAUAUGAUACCAACUUCCUAUCAAAGAACUACUGUGGACGGAUGAACCAAUGUUUAGUAUGUCUCAAUUGAUUGAAGGUCUUCCCGAUGCUGUUGCCAUCAGGUGCAUUGCACGAGUCCCCUUUUACCUGUUCCCCAAAUUAGAGCUCGUCUCUCGUUCCUGGCGAUCUGCCAUUCGCAGCUCUGAGCUCUAUAAAGCCCGACAAGAGGUAGGCUCAACAGAGGAGUUGCUUUGCGUGUGCGCUUUUGAACCUGAGAAUUCAUGGCAGCUUUAUGACCCACUCCGAGAGCUUUGGAUUACUAUCCCUGUUCUACCAUCCAAAAUUAAGAAUCUGGCUCAUUUUGGUGCUGUCUCAGUUAGUGGGAAGCUGUUUGUACUUGGAGGGAGCAGUGAUGCUGUUGACCCAUUGACUGGGGAUCAAGAUGGAAGCUUUGCAACCAGUGAGGUAUGGUCAUAUGACCCUGUGAUUCGAAGUUGGGCCCGGCGGUCAUCCAUGCUCGUGCCGCGUGCAAUGUUUGCAUGCUGCGCUCUGAAUGGUAAAAUAGUAGUGGCAGGAGGUCUCACUACAUGUCGGAAAUCGAUAUCUCGAGCUGAAAUGUAUGACCCUGAGAAGGAUGUGUGGUUCCCGAUACCCGAUCUUCAUAGCACUCCAGAUUCUGCUUGCACAGGACUUGUUAUUGGGGGAAAGUUGCAUGUUUUGCAUAGAGGCCUUUCGACCGUGCAAGUCUUGGAGGGUGUAGCAGCAUCUGGGUGGAAGGUUGAAGACUAUGGAUGGCUGCAAGGUCCAAUGGCGGUCGUUCAAGGUGCUCUUUAUGUGAUGAGCCAUGGACUGAUUUUGAAGCAGGAGGGCAAAGCGAGGAAGGUAGUAGUUUCAGCAUCCGAGUUUAGAAAGAGGAUUGGGUUGGCUCUGACCAAACUUGGGGAUGACAUAUAUGUGAUUGGAGGGGUUAUUGGCCCCGACGGAUGGAACCGGGAAAUCCAGCCGUUGUCAGAUGUUGAUGUGUUGACUGUUCUUGGGGAAAGGCCGACGUGGCAUCGAGCAGCUCCAAUGACUAGUUGCCGUGGAACUAUUUUAGGAUGUACACAGCUGAGAAUCUAAGGUCUCUGCUUUGGGGGGAGGGUUUCUUUUUCUUUUGUGCUUCGUGUUUUGUUGUGAAAUGGUGGUGGUGACGUUGUUGACUCCCUGCUUGGACACAAAGGGAAUGACAAUUGUUCUCUGGUUGUCUGCCUAUCCAGUUCCUUGGUUAUGGCCCUGUAUUGAUUCUUUUUUUCUUUUUGUGGGGGAAGUCCCUCCUAUCCCCUGUGAGGGACACAGGCAACAACUGAUGUUGAAUCCGGCUUCAACGAGCACCUCAGCUGUACCUUGAAGUUUGUUGGAGGAUUUACUGCUGACAUAAGCCAUUGUUAUUUAUUCUUUGUACUUCAGUGUAUCCUAUAGCAAACAAAUGUAUUUUUUCAUCUGUCGCUCCUCUUGUUGCUAGGCCCUCUUACCUCGAACCCAGCUUCAGUGUAUCCUAUGGCAUAAACAAAUAUACUUGUUUACGGUUUAUGCUAUUGGCUUCUUUUCCUAUCUGAUAGUUUAUGCCUUGCUUAUAGGCCAUUCAAAUUUCCAUCUUCAUUCUAACUGGCUCUAUGUUGGAUAUGCUUAUUUUUUUUAUUACCAUUUCAGUGGUAAAUGGUUGGCUAAAGCUCUUAUGUCAUACCAUUACAAUAUGUAGGUUACACUUGGAGUUGACAAUGUUUCCUUGCUUUGCUAUAUAUAUGCUGGUCUCUAACAGUUGGUUAAUGCAACAGGUCCUCAGAGAAGAGAGUGAGUGCAGUUUCCAUACGCAACGAUGGGCUGUAUUUGUCUUAUGCUGACAAAUUUGGAGUUGUCUGGGUUGUAUUAUCCAUGAUCUAGAUGUCAAUGGAGCUUUCUCUAAUAGGAAGGCAGCACCUUUUCUGGCUCAUUACUGCAGCAUUAUUAUGAGACUGGUUUGUUAUUGUUUAGUGGCUCCUUCUUUGGUAUCUAGAUUUACUAUUUUACUGCUGAGCUAACUGUUAAUUACUCUCUACUUUCUCUGCAGGAAUUUUCACCGGAUGGAUGCUUUAUAGUUAGUGCGGACAGUGAUUUUAAAAUUCGUGUGAUUGUCUUCCUUGUGUGCUUUAAACUAAAGGGUUUCUGGUUAUUCACUGAAAAGAAGAGGCUUUCUUGUUCCGAACAUCACCUCUUCGACUUGCGUUUCAUGCCAGUUUCUGUGUUUCCUAAGAAGCCCUUGGAAGGGUGCUCAUGAAAUACAAAGCUUCUGCCUUGGUCAUACAGUGAGUUAUUAUUUUACUUCCCGUUGUGGUUUACAUGUUUUACAGACUUUUUAGCUCAUGGGGAUCUAUAAUAGCAUUUAAUAUCUAGUUACAUGUUGUGUUCAAUUAUAAAUUAGAAAAAAACCCCCCUUUUAGCUGGAUUGUACCAUUGACAAGGUAGGCUUAUGCAGUCAGUUACCAUUUUGAAUUAUCCCAAGGGUUUCUUCUUUCUGGUAGCGGUGAUUCCACGUUAAGCUUUCUUCCUGCUGACUACAUAUAGUUGAUAGUGAUGAUUUUCUUAUGUUGGCACUUGACAUUUUAAAAUUUUGAAGUCACUUGUUAUGGGAUAUUACUUGAGGAUCACUACUUGAUACCUGCGAAGUAGGCACACAGGCAAUUUCUCUCUGAAAUAGUUCUCCCCAGUAUUCUUCAUGGUAUUUGUAACAUCUAAAUGGUUCUGAAGUGGAAAAAGUUUUCAGCCCAGUACUCUUUAUGCAAAACUAAAAACUGCUUUAGUUUAGUUGCACAAUUGAGUAGUUCAGUUCUUGGAAGUAUUUGGGUAGAUUCACCAAUAAGACAUGUAGUUUUAUCCACUUUGACUGCUUCAAGGUUUUUUUCUUCCUGGCGAUAUGAAAUGCAGGGGAAUGGUAUUCCGAAAGAUAAUACAUUUUGGCUUUUCUUUUGACCAAUGUUUUUUGUGCAAUUCUUAUUUCCUUGUUUUGAACGCAGGACUUUUAGAGUCUGGUGGAGACGAGGAGAGCUGCUGUCCAGGAUAGUAAUCUUGUUGCAGUAACCAUUCAAGGGCGAGUCUCUAAUCACCAGAAACUUAUGUUCCAUGUUAUUUGAACUUUUGUUCAGUUAAUGUGUUAGCGCCUUUGAACUUCUCUUCUAAAGCAUUAAAUCUUGCCAAGGUAAGGACUGAUCGUUUACAUCUGUCUUGUGCACCUAAAUGCCUAUGUUUGUAACGUUCAAGUUACUGGCUAAAAGUUUCCCCCGAAUCUCAUUAGAAGGUGAAAUUGAUGCGAACAUGCUUGGCAUGAAUUUGGCUUUUAUGCUGAAUGCGAUCGUUCAGGGCAUGAUGAUGUUGUUAGAUCACCCUUCUCUGCAUUCAGUAUAUUUGUAAAUAACGCCAAGUCGCAAACACUUGUUGAGGAAAAAACCCGAUCCUCAGUCUCUUGAUCACCACGAGCCUGUUGUUUUGGGAGAUGAAGAAAUUCCUGGUAGCCGGAAGCUGCUUGAGAAGUUGCAUGGAAGUUUCUCGAUUAACCAAAGUGUUUUCUCAGCGGCUGCUCAAGCACUGCAAUGUGCAAUUUGUUGAUUAAGAAACAGUAUCCAACAGA